AAUUUCAAAACAAAAAACGCCAUAGAAAUCUUUCCAAACUUUUCAAACACCAAGCAACAAUCCAAGUUCUUCAGUUAAAGGAAUCAUCUUUGAAACCCACGGUUUUUAUGCUGAAGAACUCUCUCUUUUCCACAAUCAUAUUUCUCAUACAACCUCUCGAUUCACGAAAUCUUUGAGACAAGAAUCAUUAAACCCACAUUGGUUUCCUCGAAAUACUUGUGGGUUCAUCCUCAAAAGCAGUUUUCAGGAAAUACUCUUAUUUUGUUUAAAAGGGAAUGAUAUAAGCAAAGCAAAUUGAGGGGUUUCUUUUGAUGGGUAGUACCCAAGAACUAGGGUUUCUGAAUCCUUUUGUUUAUAUUUGUGAUCUUGUUUUGCUGAUCUAAGCUGUCUUUUUGUCAUUUCUUAAGUGGCUGCUUGGGUUUUACCGUAGAAUACGAGUUUAAUUUUCUUGUAUCACUAUGAAAUCAGAAGAAUAUAAAAGAAGGGGAAGCCUUGGUCGUAGAAGACCAAACGAGUGUAUGAGGGCUAUUGUAACCAUCAUAGUUGGUAUUGUUUUCGGCUUCUUCAUUGGAGUAUCAUUUCCGGUUUUUUCACCACCAAAGCUCAAACUCAUAGCUCCGAUUGAUACAUACCUUGGUGACAAGAAUUCGGGCCGGUCUACACAAACAAUCCUAAAUGUGAUAUCUGUGACGAGGGACAACGUCUCAACCGGAACUCAAAAACUAGAUGAUCCAUCACAGAUCUUCGUGUCAUCUAAUCCCCGGGGUGCAGAAAGACUACCUCCGGCUAUAGUUGCUUCCCAAUCGGACUUCUAUCCUCGAAGAUUGUUUGGUAGACCGAGUGAGGACCUAAAAUUCAAGCCAAAAUAUCUUGUAACUUUCACCGUUGGUUAUAAUCAGAAAGAUAACAUUGACCAAGCGGUCAAAAAGUUUUCAGAGAACUUUACGAUCCUUCUCUUCCAUUAUGAUGGCCGAACAACCGAAUGGGAUGAAUUUGAGUGGUCAAAACGAGCCAUUCACAUAAGUAUUCCGAAGCAAACAAAAUGGUGGUAUGCAAAAAGAUUUCUGCAUCCCGAUAUUGUUGCGCCAUACGACUUCAUAUUUAUAUGGGAUGAAGAUCUUGGAGUUCAGCAUUUUGACGCUGAAGAAUAUAUUAAACUUGUGAAGAAGCACAAAUUGGAGAUAUCGCAACCUGGCUUGGAUCCUAGCAGCAAAGGUUUGACUUGGCAGAUGACGAAGAGAAGAGAAGAUCUUGAAGUCCACAAAGAAACUGAGGAGAAACCGGGCUGGUGCAGUGACCCUCAUUUGCCUCCAUGUGCAGCAUUUGUGGAGAUCAUGGCUCCUGUAUUUUCACGAGAUGCUUGGCGCUGCGUGUGGCAUUUAAUUCAGAACGACUUGGUUCACGGAUGGGGUCUUGACUUUGCCCUCCGAAAAUGUAUCGAGCCUGCAUACGAAAGAAUAGGAGUCGUAGAUGCACAAUGGAUUGUUCAUCAAGGCGUGCCUUCGCUUGGAAACCAGGGCAACACGGAUGAAGGAAAAGCGCCAUGGGAAGGGGUAAGGGAUCGGUGCAAGAAAGAGUGGAGGAUAUUUCAAGAUCGCGUAUCGAAUGCAGAAAAAGCGUACUACAAGUCUGUCGGUGUUGGAUCUACGGAUCAUGAAGCGAAUUGGGUGACGGACGACAGAAUUCAGUAGCGUUUUUAGCAAAUCGUUGGUUUGCGUACUACUUACAGAUCACAUAGUCUAUGAUACUAGAGGCAAAUCUUUACGAUAUACAAAAUUUAUGAGCAUUAACGAGCGGAUGUUAAACGCUUCUCGAAGGGUAAAAAGGUCAUUUUACAUGCUCGUUCUCAAUCGCGUUCGGUCCUCAAUGCCGACAACAAUCGUUGUUGUACCGUGUAUAGAGAAAUAUUGCUACGACAGUACCAUGAAAGAUCUUGGAUUGUAGAUGAAAAUAUUAUCAAUAUUAGACAUUAUUUAUUAAUAAUUAAAAAAUAUGAGUUUUGGUG